UAAAUUUUUUAAGAAUAUGAUAAGUAUGAAGCAUUACUCUGUUGUGAUUUCUCUUUUUCGACAAAUGCUGAAAUUGGGUAUCCAAAUUGAUGGUGUCAUUUUGACUAGUGUGAUUAACAGUUAUUGCAUGAUGCAUCGUGCUGAUUGUGGAUUUUGGGUGUUAUCGAUUUACUUAAAGAGUGGUUUUGCAUUUGAUGUUGUCAUCUUUACAACCCUAAUAAGGGGAUUCUUUACUGAAAAUAAGGUUAAAGAUGCUGUUGAAUUGUUCAUAAAAUUGGUUACAGAGAAGAUUUGUGAGCCUGAUGAAGUCAUGUAUGCAAUCGUCAUGAAUGGACUCAGUAAAAGGGGUCAUACUCAAAAACCUUUAAGUUUGCUACGGUUAAUGGAACAAGGGAACACUAAACCAAAAACAAUUCACUACAAUAUCGUAAUAGAUGCCCUAUGCAAUGAUGGGAACUCAGAUACUGCUAUCAACUUUUUGAAUGAGAUGAAGCAAAAAGGCAUUCAUCCAGUCAUAUCAACGUAUAAUUCAUUGAUUGAUAGUUUGUGUAAGCUCGGUCAGUGGGAAAUGGUUAAAAAUUUGUUCUCGGAGAUGGUGAACCUUAAUAUGUAUCCAGAUGUGCGCACCUUCAACAUACUAACAGAUGGACUAUGCAAAGAAGGGAAAGUUGAAGAUGCCGAAGAAGUAAUGAAACAAAUGGUUGAAAAGGGUGUCGAGCCUAAUGUAAUCACCUACAAUGUGAUAAUGGAUGGAUAUUGUUUGCGUGGUCAACUAUAUAAAGCAAGGAGAAUUUUUUAUAUCUUGAUAGAUAAGGGCAUUGAGCCUACCAUUUUUAGCUAUAACAUACUAAUAAAUGGAUAUUGUAAGAAAAAGAAAAUUGACAAGGCCAUGCAAUUGUUUUGUGAAAUUUCUCAAAAGGGAUUAAAGCCUGAUAUUGUUAGCUACAAUACUAUCUUGCAAGGUCUGUUUGAAGUUGGAAGAAUUGGUGUUGCAAAACAAUUGUUUGUUGAGAUGGUAUCUACUGGGCCGGUACCUAACUUAUCCACUCAUAACACUUUGCUUGAUGGUUAUUUUAAGUACGGACUUGUUGAAGAAGCUAUGUCACUCUUUAAUAAGUUGGAAAGAAAGACAGAAAAUAUUGACAUUGUAUCUUACAAUAUUAUCAUUAAUGGGUUGUGUAAAAACGGUAAACUCGAUGAAGCUUAUGCUAUUUUUGAGAAGCUUUCUUCAGUGGGAUUGAUUCUGAAUGUGAGAACAUACAAUACAAUGAUAACUGGAUUUUGUCUACAAGGGUUGUUAGAUGAAGCUAAAGAUAUGCUUAGAAAAAUGGAGGGGGACAAUUGUCUUCCAAACAAUGUCACUUACAAUGUUAUUGUGCAAGGGUAUCUUAGGUGUAGGAAAAUAAAUGAAAUGGUAACUUUUAUGAAUGAAAUGACUGGGAGGGGCUUCUCAUUUGACGCAACUACAGCUAAGUUACUGGUAAAGGAAAUAAGUGAGAAUACUUCCAUCCUUGAGAUGAUACCAAAGCUCCACACGGAAAAGAAGUUUUGUUUAUCACCUCAAAUGAAAUUGAAUCCAAUGCAAUUGUGGAAGAUGAAAUAUGGCAAUGAAAAUGUUGCUUUGGCUUUCAGGCUGGCUUAUCGAGGAGGCCAAGGACCUAUUACAUUGAAGAUAGGGUCUUGCAUAAGGAACUUCAAGAGCUUUAGGGUGUUCCCUUCUGGUCCAUUUGCUCCAGGACUGAAUGUAUCCUUGAUGAAGCAAGACCUUGUAGCUGUUCUAAUGGGCUUCCCUAAUCUUCACCUCCGCAAGUUGGAGAUUAGAGACUGCCCCUUUGGCGAUGAGGCUCUGUUGUCCAACGGUGCAAAGCUGGAGAGAUGUAAUCCCUUAGGAUGUCUAAAUUGUUCAGUAUGUAUCCUUCUAGCUCAGAAGUUGCCAGGGCUUAAUGUUGAAGUUAUAGACGGGAAGUUAUUGAGAGCGAUGAGCAGAAUUUGUCUGAGGAAUUGCAAUGGUAUUCUCUCUAUCUCCUCUUCUUCAGGCAGUAAUUUUGAAUGUUUAGAUGAUGCUCUUACUCAAUUCCAUCAAAUGGUUAAAAGGAAACCUCUUCCUUCAGUUGUCGAUUUCUCUAAAUUAUUGAAGAAUUUGAUAAAUAGGAAGCAUUACUCAAAUGUUGUUUCUAAAUUAGGUAUACCAAUUGAUAGGUUCAUCUUGACUAAUGUGAUUAACAGUUAUUGCCUUGUGCAUACUACUGAUUGUGCAUUUUCACUGUUAUCUAUUUACUUGAAGAAUGGCAUUCCGUUUGAUACUGGUAUAAGAGGAAUUUUUGCUGAAAAUAAGGUUAAGGAUGCUGUGGAAUUGUUCAAAAAAUUAGUGAGAGAGAAAACUUGUGAGCCUGACGAAUUCAUGUAUGCAAUCGUAAUGAAUGGGUUAAGCAAAAGAGGUCAUACUCAGAAAAUUGUAAGUUUGCUACGGUUAAUGGAACAAGGUAAAACUCAGCCCGAUAUAUGUAUCUACAACAUUGUUAUAGAUGCUCAUUGCAAAGAUGGAAACUUAGAUGCUGCUAUCAACGUUCUGAAUGAGAUGAAACAGAAAGACAUUUAUCCCGAUAUAGUCACAUAUACUUCAAUAAUUGAUGGUUUGUGUAAGUUUGGUCAGUGGGAGAAAGCUACGACUUUGUUCUCUGAGAUGGUGAACAUUCAUAUGUAUCUAGAUCUGCGCGUCUUCAAUAUACUAAUAGAUGGACUAUGCAAAGAAGGGAAAGUUGAAGGCGAGGAAGUAAUCAGAAACAUGGUUGGAAAGGGUGUAGAGCCUGAUAUAUUCACUCAUAGUAUGAUAAUGGAUGGAUAUUGUUUGCGUGGUGAAGUAGAUAGAGCUAGGAGAAUUUUCGAUAUCUUGAUAGAUAAGGGAAUUGAGCCUACCAUUUUUAGCUAUAACAUACUAAUAAAUGGUUACCGUAAGAAAAAGAAUCUUGAUGAGGCCAUGCAAUUGUUUAGUGAAAUUUCUCAAAAGGGAUUAAAGCCUAGUAUUGUUACCUACAAUACUAUCUUACAAGGUCUGUUUGAAGUUGGAAGAAUUGGUGUUGCAAAACAACUGUUUGUAGAGAUGGAAUCUGCAGGACUUGCCCCUGAUUUAUACAUGUAUGGUACUUUGCUUGAUGGUUAUUUCAAGUAUGGACUUGUCGAAGAAGCUAUGUCACUGUUUAAUAAGUUGGAAAGGAAGAUAGAAAAUGUUAAUAUUAUAUAUUACAAUAUUAUCAUUAAUGGAUUGUCUAAAAACGGUGAACUUGAUAAAGCUCAUGCCAUUUUUGAGAAGCUUUCUUCAAUGGGAUUGGUUCCGGAUGUGAGAACAUACACUAUUAUGAUAGCUGGAUUUUGUCAACAAGAGCUGUUAGAUGAAGCUAAGGAUAUGCUUAGAAAAAUGGAAGACAACGGUUGUUUUCCAAACAAUUUCACUUACAAUAUUAUUUUGCGAGGAUAUCUUAGGUGCCGGAAAAUAAAUGAAAUGGUAAGUUUUAUGAAGGAGAUGAAUGGAAGGGGCUUCUCAUUUGAUGCAACUACAGCUGAGUUACUAGUAAAUGCUAUUAGUGAGAAUCCUUCGGUCCUUGACAUGUUACCAGAACUUCACGAGGAAAUCAAGAAGUGAAAAUUGUUUAUCGCUUGGUUUUUUCAGCUGCAGUAUGUGAUACAAUUUCCUUUUUAUCCUUGCAAAAGGAUUGACAUCCAAUGCAAUUGCAGAAGUUGAUGGCAAUUAGAGCGUUGCUUGAGGUUUCUUAGGCAGACCUACUGAGGAGGUAUAUUGAAUUUUGAUAUUUUGAGUUCUAUAUCCGUUUUUCUUUUUCUCAAUUGCACCAUAAAUAUGAAAAUAAAAUGGUAAUCUUAUCGAGUUAAAUAUAACAAUGUUGAGUUUCAUUAUGUGUUUUAAGUCUAGUAAUAUCAUUUAUCAGGUGCUAUUUAGUCAUUGAAUCUAAUAGGAAAUACUAUAGUUGCCAGAUUUGUGUUCUUUCCAUUUGGCCUUGUCUGGUAAAGCAUUUUGCAGCCCUUGAAUCCUUCAUUCACUUGUCAAAAUUGAGAAUUUGACAGUGCAUGUGUAAAACUUAACCAAUCUCUCUAUUUGUUUCCGAACCCCAUAUCUGUAAUCGAGUUCAUCAAAAAUCCCCAAUUUACAUGGUUGUCACCUUCUAUAUCUCCAGCUAAAUCAAUAGCCAAGUGCUCCUUAUCUUCUUCUUCUUUUUUUUUGAUCCAAAGCCUCAUUACUUGUCUAUCUUUAGUGAAUGCCAACUGUUUUCUGUCCAAUAAUUUUCUGAUAAAUUGCUUCGAUCUUCUUGCCAGCUGUUUGGCUAAAAUUUAUAUACACUAUCAAUCAAACUAAUGUAUUUGAAAUGUUUCAACUUUUUCGCGAGUUUAAAGCACCAAUUAUCAUUUGUUUUCUUUUUCUGCCUGGACUAUCACUCUCUAUGUAUUAAAGAACAGACCUCAACAAUCAAUUUUUCCCUUUUCUUCUUGAAAGAUGGUGGUAGUUCAGGUAGAAAGAGAACAACUGACAGUAGAGGUGUGUAUGAUAGUUCAGUUCAUGGAGGAGGAAAAGGAAACAUCUUAUAGUUGAGGUGUGAAACUCACAAAAAAUCGAUGUGUUUUUGACUAUCAACUCUCCAUUUUUCAUGGGAGUUUAUGUUGCAUGUAUAUUCCUUGCAAAAUGUUCGUUCUGGUGAAAAUACUCCACUACUUUCGACACAUCAUCCUUGACAAAUGACAACUUCACUUGGAGAGCCUAAUAUGGCAUUUGUUCUACUCAAAUGUAUAUUCAGUUGGCAAUUUCUUAUCCCGGUAAAUAGUGUGGAUAACUUUUUGGAUUUUGUUAAUUCCCUGUCUGCUUCAUGUUUUGCUCUCUUGUAAUCUUGCAUUCAUCUUAGUAGGGGCCUGUGGAGCUGGACUUGCAAAUAAAAGGCUAUUUUUAUUACUUCUGUAAAAUAGGAGUAUUAUUUAUGUGUAUGUUUUGAAUUAUAACUAAACUAUGUGUUGCCUUCUUCUACCAA